AUGUCGACGGCCUCCGCUCCUGGUACAGCUAGCCGCACAGUGAGUGCCCGUGAAAGAGCUCUUGCAGUUAAAAAAGAGCAAGAAGACGCACUGGCUAGGCUGCAUCUCAACGUCCUAUACAUUGUCCUCUAUAUACGAACAGAUCCACCCCGAUCGGACGACUUUCACUGGGGCUACUAUUUCCACACAACCCCGCAAGGUGGACUGAAGUACCACAUGAGAAAUUUGGGUGCUGGGUGGAUACCAGACCAUGGCUCAACUGGUGGUGUAUUCAAAUCCAAUUUUCUGUGUGUUCUUAUUGAAAUCGGAAGAGUUCCUCCAGAGAAACACAGCCAGCUUGAUCAAGUCAUGAAAUCUCGCGAUCGAGAUGUCAAUUCUAUUCCUGGUGUCACAUGCCGCGUCUGGUAG